AUGGUAUCAAUAAAGUUAGUUCUAAUCAAAUUACUUUCAUUUAUCUUACUCGUUCAAAUUUCCUUUGUCCUUGGGCAAGAAUUCGCUAUUACUGAAGCUCAAAGGGAUAAAAAUGGUAUAAUAGAUGUAACUGAUGAAAACUUUGAUAAAGUAUUCGAUUUGGUUCAAUCACAUUCCUUUGGUCUAUUUCUUCUUUUUACCACAAACACUGUAGAAAUGGGUUGUAGGACGUGUGUCGAAUUCAAUCCUGAAUUCGAUUUGAUCGCAAAAUCUUGGAAAUUGGAUCAUCCAGAUUUUAUCUCCAAUACUGAUCCAGAUUUGAAAUUUUUGUUUGGUAAAGCAGUUGUCCAUUCUCCUAAAAAUAUACCAGAUAUUUUCAAAUUGUUCAGACUACAACAUAUACCAGCAUUGUUCUAUUUCUCGCCAGGCUCUGGUUUACAUCAAUUUGAAUCCUUCGACAUUCAACAUGCGUCUGGUCCUGAAAGAGCUAACCAGAUGCUCAAAUGGAUUAAAAGAUCAACAGGAAUCAGUGAUGACACCGACUUUGUUAUCCAUCAACAAACCAAUUGGGCAAAUGUCUUUGUCACCUGUCUUAUUGUUUUCUGUUCCACUCUUCUCAUCAAGAAAAAUCACAACCUAAUAUUGAAGUUGGUUAGAUUAAGAUGGAUUUGGGGUCUAGCCAGUGUAAUCUUUAUACUUUUCAUGAUUAGUGGUUAUAUGUUUACAAAGAUGAGACAAGUACCACUCGCCGGUGCUGAUAGAAAUGGUCAUAUUAUAUAUUUUGCAGAAAAGGACUUUCAAAACCAAUUUGGUAUUGAAACUCAAAUCGUGGCUCUUUUCUAUGGUAUUAUUGGUGCUUUAAUGAUUUUCUUAAUUAAAAUUAUACCAGCUUUAGAUCCAAGUAAUGAUAACACUACAUCAUCUGACAGUUUUGAUAUUAGUAACACUAGUAUUAGAAGUAAUAGUGGCCAUAAUAAUAGUAGUAGUGGUAAUAAUAAUAAUAAUAAUAGCAAUAGUAACAAUAAUAGCAGGACUGAUUCUGUUGAUUUUAGUUUCACCAAGAAAUCUAAGAAGAAGAAUAGUAAAGGUAACAUUCAUAUAAACUCACCUUAUUUAGUUUAUGUUUUAGCUAUAGUUGGUACUAUCUUACUAUACUCAUUCUUUGCUGCUUUUACACACAUGUAUUCGAUAAAACAAUCCUAUCCUUUCACCUUUUUUAAAUUGACAUCACUAUUAGGUUUCUAG